AUGUCAUCUCUAGCCAACUCCAUUCAGGAACUUGACUUGACAGCGGCCCUUUCCCCAGACUAUACAAGCCAUCAUGUUCCGUCAGACUACUCGCCUCUUCUCUACUCAUUCAAGACCAUCACAGAAACGGUCAAGCAACCCAUCGCCAAAGGUGGAGUCGCUUCGGAAGCCGCAUUGAAGGCUACCGAAGCCGUUGACUCUGUUGCACAAGCUGCUAGGAAUGUUGCUGGUUCUGCUGCAGCCCAAGUCAAGGGUACCGCCAAACAGGCUGAAGGUGCUGCUGAGAAUUUGACGUCGGGCUCAGCUACUGCUCAGGUGAAGGGUACGGCUCAGCAGGCUGAGGCUGCUGCCAAGUACGCUCAGGGUUCUGCUACAAAGAAGGUGGAUGAGUUGAAGCAGGCUGCGAAAGACACGCUCAACAAGCUUUAGGACCGUUCAUACUCAUCCAAGUCAUGCUCAUGGAAAGAACCUCUUUGAUUCUAUAUUGAGUGAAUGGCACAGGGCCCUAGUUCGGUAUACAUGGACCGAUCGAGGUAGUUUCUGCUUGCAAUGGAAGAAUGCGAUGUAUCCGUAAAGGCAAUGUGUGCAAUGAUUUGAGCACCCAAAAAGGUCGCUUCCUCCGGGACGCCUUUGCUCGAUGCAUUGCCUGUUGCGAUAUCUGCUUCACGUAUAUUCCAUUCCGGAAAGUGGACAGGGAUUUUGAUGGCACGUAGAAUCGUCGGGUAGGCUCCAAUUGUUGGCGCUUGUGCUUGUCCGUAGGGGUCAUAGAUAGCAACAGGGGCAGCGCCCAAUUGACCG